UGUAUAGUAUGACGUAACACUACGCUCAAAAAUCCCCGCGAAAAUCUCCGAGAAAAACAAAACUGCCAGAAAUUGAACAAGAAGAAGAAGACGAAGAGAAAAACAGAAACCAAACAGGGGGUCAUGGUCCAGGUGUUUCACGUCGUCAGGUGUUUCUCCUGUCAGAGCUUCCAGGUUCAACAGGUGAAGAAGGUGAAGAAGUGGAGCUGUAAGCUAUGUGGAGAGAAACAGACGCUGGUCAAGGAGUUUGGGCGGGGCUCUGGGGCUGACUGCAGGCGCCAUGUUCAGAAGCUGAAUGCCAUGAGAGGAGCUGUGUUGGAGGAGCAGGAGCAUGCAGCCUGGUCACUAUGGGAGCAAGCAGAGGAGGAGGCGGAGCCUGAGGAGGAGCAGCAGGUGAGUCACACUCAGGUGAGCCGCUGGAGUAAAUACCUUGCCAACCCCGAGGAGGCGGAGGCUGAGGAAGAUGAGGAUGGUUUGUUUGACAGGAAGCAGCUCCAUGGCAACGGCAUGAAUGAAAGGAAGAGGAAGAGAGGAGGGGCUCCCAGCUGCUCACCUGAACAGGAGGACACGCCCCCUCCUACCAGGACCAGCAUAGCCAGCCAGAACCAGUCCUGCCUCUACACAGAGAAGGCUCCUCCCACCAGACAGGUGGUCCCUCCCGCCGAUCACCUGCCCCCUCCCUCUAAACGGCUGACUCCUCCCUCUGCAGGUAGUGGGUGCGUCUCCAGGUGGGCUCGUUUCAUUGGCUCUGAACAGAGGGAGGGGGAGGAUUCUCAGGGCAUUGGCUUGGAUCCUUCUGUGGGCGGAGCUUCUGUUUCGCCUGACUCUGAUGUCAUUGGUCAGACCCUACCUGUCCACAGACCCCGUCUCCUAAGUCCAUUCUCCCCCCUAUUUGAUAGUGGGGAGGACUUUAUGAUUGAUGACUUCCUGUAGAAUUAACCCGCUAAGCUCUGCCCACUGAUGGGCCAAAGACCAAUCAGCUCAGGUUAUUAAAUCCUCUAGUUUUAAAUAUUUAUGGUUUAAUUUUAUUUAGAUGUACAGUUUACUGAAACCUGAUCAUCAUUAGUCAUAUCCUGUCUUCGGCUAUUUUUAGGGGUGUGAUGAGAUCAAAAUACCAUGAGAUUUGGUGAGGCUAAAGCUGAGCUAAGAGUCUGCAGUGAUAUUCAGAGUUAGGGCUGUUGUUAUGGAGCUGAAAUCUUCAGUGACUUUCACCUGAAUUGGACCUAAUCUGCUCUUGCAUCCUGUCAGCCCUACUGUUCAUUUACUGAUCUGUUCAUUUAUUGAUCAGUUUGUUACCUGUUAUUUUAUUGAUCUGUUGAGCUUUACAGAUGAGUCAAAACUUGUUUGUUUGUUGAUGCUUUUAUUGAUCAGAUAAACAUCAUGACAGAGAUAAUAAAGACGUAGAAACAGUGA